AUGGCUUCGCCAUCUCUAGAUUGUGAAGUUAAUCAUGAUGCAUUUGACAAUGGAAAUGUCAUCGGUUACAAGACAGAAUGUUCGGAAACUGUCGAGCGUGAUGAAACGAAACCACAAAAGAUGCCCUCCAAAACGAUAUCUCGUCGAAGUCUCGACCUUACCAUCUCCUUCGCCAAAGAUCAAUGGUUCCUCAUCGUCAUGGGCAUUCUCAUCGUUGUCGCAUCGCAAGCCCCGGUGCCACUAUCGCAACAGAAGACCAAAACAAAUGUCAUCAAUUACCUCGCCGUAUCUCUAAUCUUCUUCCUCAAUGGCUGCGCCAUCCCAAGUCGGGACUUUCUCGAGAACCUCAAGCGCUGGCGCGUACACAUCUUCGUGCAACUGCAGAGCUUCGUGCUUGCAUCGGCAGUUGGCUUUGGCGUCAUGGCUGCGACGGGAAGCAACGCUCAAUUCUUCGAUCAGGAGUUGCUGGUAGGAGUCAUUGUACUGGGCUGUUUGCCGACUGCCAUCGCAUUCAACACCCUCAUAACACGGAAAGCCGAUGGCAACACUGCGCUCUCGCUCACACAGUCCGCCCUGGGAAACAUCCUAGGCCCCUUCUUAUCCCCUGUGUUAGUCCGCAUGUACACGAGCGUGCACGCGUGGUAUACCACCGGUCUGCCCUCCGACCAGGAUGGAUACAGAGAUCUGUACGCACGAGUGUUCAAACAACUCGGGCUGUCCGUAUUCGUACCACUAGCCGCCGGUCAGAUAACCCUCGCCUUAUGCCCAAAUAUCACACGCACAGCAUUGUACAAGUACAAGCUCAUCAAACUCCCCUCCCUCGCCCUUCUCACGCUCAUCUGGUCAACCUACGACUCCGCCUUCGCCAGCCACGCUUUCGCGCCCCUGCCCGCGAGCAACAUUGUCUUUACAAUCUCUAUUCUCGCGGCGCUGUACCUCGUCUGGGCGGGGCUGGCAUUUGUGCUCUCGCUCACGUGGCUGGCGCCUGAGAAUGUGGUCGCUGUGGUGUUUGUCGUGGCGACCAAGACCCCAGCGAUCGGGGUGCCGUUGACGGGCGUGUUGUUUGCUGGACUGGAAGAGGAGCGUUUGGAUCGGAUGCGUGUUGCGACGGUGGUGUUUCAGGCGCUACAGGCGCUGCUGAGUGGGGUGUUGUGUGUGCCGUUGCGACGGUGGCGGGGGAGGAUGGAGAGGAGGAGUGGAACGGGGAGAUAA